GAGAGGCAGCUGUCUCACCAGUAAAAUCAAGCCCAGUUACCCCUUCCCGACCCGAAUGAUGGAGGCUGCGGCCGCCCGAGUGCCCCCGCCGGCGGCGGCCCCCGCCCACUAGCCCCGGACCAACAGCGCCACAGCGAGCGAGCGAGGAGGGGGAGAGAGGGAGUCUGUCUGCAAAGUGCUGCUCCCUGGUGCUCAGAGGCGGCUGCUCCAGCUCCAACUCUCAUUCAUUUCGCCGGUUAACAUGAGAGAUCAUGGCCGCCUUCGGGCUUCUCAGCUAUGAGCAGAGACCGCUGAAGCGCCCCCGGCUCGGGCCGCCCGACGUCUACCCGCAGGACCCCAAGCAGAAGGAGGAUGAACUCACUGCUGUGAAUGUAAAGCAAGGCUUCAGCAACCAGCCGGCCUUCACAGGAGAUGAACAUGGCUCCGCCAGAAAUAUUGUAAUUAACCCAUCAAAGAUUGGAGCUUAUUUUAGCAGCAUAUUAGCUGAAAAACUAAAGCUUAACACUUUCCAGGAUACCGGAAAGAAGAAGCCUCAAGUGAACGCCAAGGAUAAUUACUGGCUGGUUACUGCUCGAUCUCAGAGUGCAAUUCAUAGUUGGUUCUCUGAUUUAGCAGGGAAUAAACCACUUGCUAUUUUGGCAAAAAAGGUUCCUAUCCUUAGUAAAAAAGAAGAUGUUUUUGCAUAUUUAGCUAAAUACUCUGUGCCAAUGGUUCGAGCGACGUGGCUGAUCAAGAUGACUUGUGCCUAUUAUUCUGCUAUCUCGGAAGCUAAAAUUAAGAAACGUCAGCCUACUGAUCCUAAUUUGGAGUGGACACAAAUAUCUACCAGAUAUCUUCGGGAGCAAUUGGCCAAGAUUUCUGACUUUUACCACGUGGCCUCCGGCGCAGGUGACGGCCCUAUCCCUGUGCCACCGGAGGUGGAGCAAGCCAUGAAGCAGUGGGAAUAUAAUGAGAAGCUGGCUUUCCACAUGUUUCAGGAAGGAAUGCUAGAGAAGCACGAAUAUUUGACAUGGAUCUUGGAUGUUUUGGAAAAGAUCAGACCGAUGGAUGACGAUCUUCUUAAACUCUUGUUACCACUGAUGCUGCAGUAUUCCGAUGAGUUUGUUCAGUCAGCCUAUCUGUCUCGUCGUCUCGCCUACUUUUGUGCGCGGCGUCUUUCCCUGCUGCUGAGCGACAGCCCCAGCCUCCUCGCUGCCCACUCACCGCACAUGAUGAUAGGACCGAACAGCUCCAGCAUCGGGGCCCCCAGCCCUGGCCCCCCAGGCCCUGGCAUGAGCCCUGUGCAGCUGGCCUUCUCAGAUUUCCUUUCCUGUGCACAGCAUGGUCCUCUGGUUUAUGGACUUAGUUGUAUGUUGCAGACUGUCACUCUCUGUUGCCCAAGUGCCUUGGUGUGGAAUUACUCCACAAAUGAAAAUAAGAGUGUGAACCCGGGCUCACCGCUGGAUCUGCUGCAGGUGGCCCCUUCCAGCCUUCCCAUGCCUGGCGGGAACUCGGCUUUCAAUCAGCAGGUCCGGGCAAGGAUUUAUGAGGUAGAGCAGCAGAUAAAACAAAGAGGUCGUGCAGUGGAAGUUCGGUGGUCUUUUGACAAGUGCCAAGAGUCGACAGCAGGGGUGACUAUUAGUCGUGUUUUACACACAUUAGAAGUCUUGGAUCGUCACUGUUUUGACCGGACUGAUUCCAGCAACUCAAUGGAGACCCUGUACCAUAAAAUAUUCUGGGCAAAUCAGAACAAAGAUAACCAAGAGGUUGCCCCCAAUGAUGAAGCUGUGGUGACACUGCUGUGCGAGUGGGCCGUGAGCUGCAAAAGGUCGGGCAAGCACAGGGCCAUGGCGGUGGCCAAGCUCUUGGAGAAGAGGCAAGCGGAGAUCGAGGCAGAGAGAUGUGGGGAAUCAGAAGUCCUAGACGAAAAGGAGUCUAUUUCUUCAGCCUCUCUUGCUGGGUCUGGCUUGCCUGUUUUCCAGAAUGUCCUGCUAAGGUUUUUAGAUACACAGGCUCCCUCACUGUCGGAUCCAAACAGUGAGUGUGAAAAGGUGGAAUUUGUGAACCUGGUGCUGCUCUUCUGUGAGUUCAUUCGCCAUGAUGUCUUCUCCCAUGACGCCUACAUGUGCACGCUCAUCUCGCGAGGAGACUUGUCAGUCACUGCCUCCACCGGGCCACGGUCACCAGCAGGCGAAAAUGCAGAUGAACACUAUGCAAAGGACCAUGACAUGAAAAUGGAGAUUUUUUCUCCCAUGCCUGGGGAGUCCUGUGAGAAUGCCAACCCCUCUUUGAGCAGAAGAAUGUCAAUUAAUGGUGAGAAAUUGACAAAGAGGGACAAACCAAGGGAAUUAAUUUUUCCAUCUAACUACGACCUUCUCCGUCACCUGCAGUAUGCGACGCAUUUCCCUAUACCUCUGGAUGAAUCUUCAAGUCAUGAAUGUAACCAGCGCACGAUCCUUCUCUAUGGCGUCGGCAAGGAGCGGGACGAAGCCAGGCAUCAGCUGAAGAAGAUUACCAAAGACAUCUUGAAAAUCCUAAACAAGAAGAGCACCACGGAGACAGGGGGUGGGGAUGAAGGGCCAAAGGCCAAGAAGAACAAGCAAGAAUCGUUUCCAACCCUGGAGGCUGUCUUCACAAAACUCCAGCUCCUUUCCUAUUUCGAUCAGCAUCAAGUGACAUCUCAGAUCUCUAGCAACGUGCUCGGGCAGAUCACGAGCUUCGCGUCGGGCACAUCCUACCACCUCCCGCUGGCCCACCACAUCCAGCUCAUCUUCGACCUCAUGGAGCCAGCACUGAACAUCAAUGGACUAAUUGACUUCGCCAUACAGUUACUAAAUGAACUGAGCGUCGUGGAAGCUGAGCUGCUGCUAAAAUCCUCCAGCCUGGCAGGGAGCUACACGACAGGCCUGUGUGUGUGCAUCGUGGCUGUUCUCAGGCGGUAUCACAGCUGCCUGAUCCUAAAUCCCGAUCAGACAGCCCAAGUGUUUGAAGGGUUGUGUGGUGUGGUAAAGCAUGUUGUAAACCCCUCAGAAUGCUCCUCCCCCGAAAGAUGCAUCUUAGCCUACCUCUAUGAUCUUUAUGUGUCAUGUAGCCACCUCAGAAGUAAAUUUGGAGACCUCUUCAGUAGUGCCUGUUCAAAAGUAAAGCAAACCAUAUACAAUAAUGUGAUGCCUGCAAAUUCCAACUUGCGAUGGGAUCCAGACUUCAUGAUGGAUUUUAUUGAGAAUCCGUCAGCCCGAAGCAUCAACUACUCAAUGCUGGGCAAGAUCCUGAGUGACAAUGCUGCCAAUCGCUACAGCUUUGUCUGCAACACCCUCAUGAAUGUGUGUAUGGGCCAUCAGGAUGCUGGAAGGAUUAACGACAUAGCCAAUUUCUCCUCUGAGCUGACUGCUUGCUGUACCGUUCUGAGUUCAGAGUGGCUGGGGGUUCUGAAGGCUCUGUGUUGUUCUUCAAAUCACGUGUGGGGGUUUAAUGAUGUACUUUGCACUGUAGAUGUGAGUGACCUUUCAUUCCAUGAUUCAUUAGCUACUUUCAUUGCUAUUCUGAUAGCACGACAGUGUUUCUCCCUGGAGGACGUCGUGCAGCACGUCGCCCUUCCCUCUCUCCUAGCGGCAGCUUGUGGAGAUGCUGACGCAGAGCCCGGGGCAAGAAUGACAUGCCGACUCCUGCUUCAUCUCUUCCGAGCUCCGCAGGCCUGCUUCUUGCCUCAGGCAGCGGGCAAACCUCUCCCUGGAAUAAGGUCAUCUUGUGAUAGGCACCUUUUAGCUGCUGCUCACAACAGCAUCGAAGUGGGAGCUGUUUUUGCUGUCUUAAAAGCAAUUAUGAUGCUCGGAGACGCCAAAAUUGGCAGUAACAGUGUCAGCUCUUUAAAGAAUGACGACUUCGCUAUGAGAAGUUUACGGCGUGAUGGGAACACUGAUGAUAUCUGGACCGCCUCUCAGAGCGUGAAACCUUGCGGGAAGAGCAUUUCCAUAGAGACUGCCAAUUUAAGAGAAUAUGCCAGAUACGUCCUCAGGACUAUCUGCCAACAGGAAUGGGUAGGAGAACAUUGCUUAAAAGAACCUGAAAGACUGUGCACGGAUAAGGAGCUCAUCCUGGACCCUGUGCUUUCCAAUAUGCAAGCCCAGAAGCUGCUGCAGCUCAUCUGCUACCCCCACGGCAUCAAGGAGUGCACGGAGGGGGACAACCUGCAGCGACAGCACAUCAAGCGCAUCCUGCAGAAUCUUGAGCAGUGGACAUUGAGACAGUCCUGGCUUGAGCUUCAGCUAAUGAUCAAGCAGUGCCUGAAGGACCCUGGCUCCGGCUCUGUGGCUGAAAUGAACAACUUACUGGAUAAUAUUGCUAAGGCGACGAUAGAAGUAUUCCAGCAGUCUGCAGACCUAAAUAAUAACUCCUCUAAUCCUGGCAUGAGUCUCUUCAACCCAAGUGGUAUUGGAAGUGCUGAUGCCAGUGGCACGAGACAGAAUGGAAUAAAGACUUUCCUAAGUUCCUCUGAACGCAGGGGUGUGUGGUUGGUGGCGCCCCUCAUCGCCAGGCUGCCCACGUCUGUGCAGGGACGAGUGCUGAAAGCUGCUGGGGAAGAGCUCGAGAAGGGACAGCACUUAGGCUCCUCCUCAAAGAAGGAGCGAGACAGACAGAAACAGAAAAGUAUGUCUCUCUUGAGUCAGCAGCCUUUCCUCUCACUGGUCCUCACCUGCCUGAAAGGGCAAGAUGAGCAACGGGAAGGCCUCCUGACAUCUCUCCAGAAUCAAGUCAACCAGAUUUUAAGUAAUUGGAGAGAGGAACGAUACCAAGACGACAUAAAGGCGCGGCAGAUGAUGCAUGAAGCGCUACAACUUCGCCUCAAUUUGGUAGGAGGAAUGUUUGACACGGUGCAGAGGAGCACCCAGUGGACCACAGACUGGGCCCUGCUACUCCUUCAGAUAAUUACUUCUGGAACCGUUGACAUGCACACUAACAAUGAAUUAUUCACCACAGUGCUUGACAUGCUGGGCGUUUUAAUCAAUGGAACAUUAGCCUCUGACCUAUCAAAUGCAUCCCCGGGUGGAUCUGAAGAGAACAAGCGUGCAUACAUGAAUUUAGUAAAGAAACUGAAAAAAGAGCUAGGAGACAAGCGGUCAGAAAGCAUUGACAAAGUUCGGCAGUUGCUCCCUUUGCCCAAACAGACGUGUGACGUCAUCACUUGUGAACCUAUGGGUUCUCUGAUCGACACAAAGGGAAACAAAAUUGCUGGAUUUGACUCUAUAGAUAAAAAACAGGCAAGAGGUCUCCAGGUCUCCACAAAGCAGAAGGUGUCCCCUUGGGACUUGUUUGAGGGUCAGAAGAACCCAGCUCCUCUGUCAUGGGCCUGGUUCGGGACUGUCCGAAUGGACCGCAAAGUGAUUAAGUAUGAGGAGCAGCAUCACCUCCUUUUGUACCACACACACCCCAUGCCCAAGCCCCGAAGCUACUACCUCGAGCCACUGCCCCUGCCUCCUGAGGAGGAAGAGGAAGAGCCCACAUCUCCCAUUUCUCAGGAACCAGAAAGGAAAUCAGCUGAGCUGUCAGAUCAGGGAAAAACCACAACAGAUGAAGAGAAGAAGACCAAGGGAAGGAAGCGCAAGACGAAAUCAAGCUCACGAGUUGAUGAGUAUCCCCAGAGCAGCAUCUAUCGAGUGCCUCCCAAUUACUCACCCAUCUCCUCUCAAAUGAUGCACCAUCCGCAGCCCGCCCUGUGGGGCUACAACCUCAUGAGCCAGCCCCAGCAGCCCGGCUUUCUUCUGCAGAACCAGACUCUUACUCCAGGGGGCUCCAGGCUAGACCCUGCUGGCUCCUUUGUUCCAACCAACACCAAACAAGCUCUGUCCAACAUGCUGCAGCGGCGCUCUGGGGCCGCGAUGCAGCCGCCCCCCCUGCAUGCCGUCACCUCGCAGCAGCAGCUGAUCCAGAUGAAGCUUCUGCAGCAGCAGCAGCAGCAGCAGCAGCAGCAGCAGCAGCAGCAGCAGCAGCGGCUUCUCAGGCAGGCCCAGGCCCGGCCUUUCCAGCAGGGCCAGCCGGGAGACCAGGCCACGCUCUUCGCUGCACAGGCACGACCCUCCCCUCAGCUCCCCCAGUAUCCAGGGCUGCAACAAGCACAGACCAUGCCCCAGGGCUACACCAUGUAUGGAACGCAGAUGCCUUUGCAGCAAGCAGCACAGCAGCAGGCUGGUGGUGUGGUCCUGUCUCCCGGCUACAGCUCCAGGGUCUACCCAACUGCGCAUUCCAACCCUGCGCUGAUGGAAAGAAUCAGACAGCUUCAGCAGCAGCCGAGUGGCUAUGUGCAGCAGCAGGCCUCGCCAUACCUGCAGCCCUUGCCUAGUUCUCAGAGACUGAACCAUCAGGCUCUGCAGCAGAGCCCUCUGGUGGCCGGGGGGAUUGAUGCUGUUCUGACCGCUGCACAUCCAAGCCUCCCCUCGGUGUCCCUGCCUCAGGACCCCAUGAGGCCCAGACAGCCACCAGCUCGACAGCAGCAGAGACUCCUCCAGCCUCAGCAGCCCCCGCAGCCCCAGCAGUCCUCGCAGUCCCAGAACCAGACCCUCGGUCUCCAAGCAGUGCAGCCCCAGCAGCCCCUGUUUCCCAGGCAAGGCUUGCAGCAGACGCAGCAGCAGCAGCAGACAGCCGCCCUGGUGCGGCAGCUCCAGAAGCAGCUUUCUAGUAAUCAGCCACAGCAAGGAGUGGCUCCUUAUGGACAUUCUUCACACUUCUGAAUCUGGAAGAGAAGACACACAGUUUUAUGUUUGCACUGAGAAAUAGAAAAUCAAAUCUAAUUUACUACCCAUCCCAAAAAUGUCCCUUUGGUCUUUUAGUUCUCUGAUAUUUUCCCAUACUUUAUGCUAAAUUUCAUACAAAGAUAUUUAAACAACAGUAAAGAGAAAUUGUGGUUUAGUUUUGUCACAUUUAACUUGAAAGUAGGUUUUAAAAGAUGGAUCAUGCAGGCCUACUGCAGGAAGAAGGUGGGAGCAGACCUUUGUAAUUGGUGCUUUCUCUUUGAUUGUUGUACUUGCAGAAGAAUGAAUGAUGGUGGGCUUAAAUAUUUAUGUAUUCAUUAAUGAUGAAAUUGAUUUUUUUUUGGGGGGGGGUUGUUUUUUUAAACACACUGUGGUGGACCAAACUACUGAUUGGAACAUCGCAUCAGGUCUUGACAGCUAAGUGACCCGUCAUUCUGCAUCCACCUCUGAUGGCAAAAUGGACAUUUAUUUGCAUCACUCUAAUUUGAGAAGUUUGUAACUUCAUGAGCACUUUAUAAACUUUGUUCUUAUUUAUAUAGGACUUUUCCUUUUGUUGUGGUCAAAAGGUGCUGAAACAGAUUGUUGCUUAGUACCUAAAGUUCUUCAACCAAGGCUUCUGAGGAAACCACGCUAAGAUACAUGGAAGCAUAUUAGAAGUGACUGACUUGAAUUUGUUAUUAGUGACAAGAUCAUUGAUUGACCAGAGUCUUUGUAAAGGUACAACAUGUGAUCCUAAAGGCCCACAUUCGGAACAGUGGAAUUGUUCUAUUUAUUUACUGCCAAUUGUGGCAAAAAUGACUGCCCAUAAGGUUCUCUAAAACCUUAUGCCAACUUCAGAAAUAAAACAGUCUCGCAGCUGUGCUCAGAUUGCACACUGCUGAAACUUGACCUGGUUUCCAGAGACUCUGGCAGCAAAGUUCAAAAGGCUCUGGUUUUCAUGAAAGGUAUAUUUGCUGUUUAUUUUGUAUGGUAAGUAUUUGCUAUUUUGAAUUUAAAUAUUCCCGUUGGUGUCAGUCUUGUUUGUGUAUUGCAUAUACUGUAUUUAUAAAUUGGUGCAAAAAGCACAAGUAAAGUAAAUUAUACAUCAAAUUUAUUAUAAAGAAAUAGUAACUAUUUUAACUUUGUUCAAGUAUGUGGUAAUUUGCUCCUAUUAGAGUAAAAAAUGCAGUAAAUUAUCAGUUUGUGUAACUUAAGAGUAUUCCAUAUAAUAUUUUUUUAGAUUUAGAUGCAUAAAAUUUUGAAUGUGAAAAUUGCAGGGCAUUUUAAAACAUGUGGGGAAUAUUUUCCCAUGUUCUGUGUUAAUUCAUUUUCCUUUCAUAUCAUUUUACAUGUAAUGUAGUUACAUAUACUGUGAAUAGACUUGUCUAUAAUGAGCAAACCAUGUAGAACUACUUUUUUUAAAUGUAGCUAAUACUACUUUAGUAGAUAAUUUCUUUUGCAAAUCAUUAUAUAAGUAAUUUAUAUAUUCCUAGGUGAGUUACUCAUUGCAAAGUUUGACUCAUGCAAAUGACCUCAAAUACAUGUCUGCUUACUUUGUGGCACCAUCCAUGUGAACUGCUUUGUACACUGUGAAGAUAUUUCCCUCCAGCCUGCCCAUUUUAUGUUUACUCUGGCUGGAAAAGACUUUGCCAAAACAUUAAAGACCAUUGUUUUCACUAAAUUAAUAUUCUAUCUGCUUUCAAAAAAUGUAUCUUUUUAAGUUUCAGCUGUAUCUGUGUAUCAGCUUUUUUUCUCUCAAGAAUCAUCCUUGUAGUUCAUGGAGUUAAUCUGCUAUAGAGUCACAUGACUCAUUGGCAGAACAGCUGAGACGUGAAUGUCAUGCCUCGUGAGCGAGCCACUUCCUGACUUCAUUGGCUUCCAGCAUUACUGGUGUUUAAAAUGCCAUUUUUCAGUUUGAACCACCUAUUUUUGUAGCUCAAUAUUGAAAACAGCAGUAACACUGUUUCAAGAAUGAGUGUUCUAACUGCAUAGCAUUUGUAUGCACUUUACAUUUUGCAGGAAUUAAUUUAUUAAUCAUUUUGCACAUGAAGCUUAUGGAAAUAUACUUUGUUGCUGUGUACUUUUUUUUUUUAAGUGAAAAAACUAAGUUAUAGUAAGGCCUAUAAUUCUGAGUUGCUGUGGAAGGCUUAGAAGAAAAAAAAAGAAAUCAGGAGCUGUUUUUUCCCCCCAGUGCAUUAUAAGAAAAGUAACUGGAGUUUUUAAUUUAUAAUAUUGCCUCUCACUUAAUUCUCUGUGCUAACAGCUUUUUUCUUUUCUAGUAAAUGUACUGGUUUGCAUUACAGUGAUCAUAAGGGAAAGCUUUGUAGCAGUAACUGCUAAUUUGUUUGGUGAAUUGUAGAGAGGAAAUUUUUUUAGAAUAAAACAGGGACCCCGUCAGGCUUUGUGGCACGUGCCUGUGAUCCCAGCACUCGGGAGACUGAAGCGGGA